UGGCCGAAGCAGAGCGACAGGCUCGAGAGAAGGCAUCCUCGGCUCAAGCCUUCACAACCGUGGAACUGGAAUCGUCUUCGUCCUCAAGCAGUCAAGCCUCCGAAGCUGAAGGAUCUGGAUCUGAUCUCGACCCCGACGUAGACGUUCGUUCUCCAAAGCGACAACGAGGUGCCCGAGGCGUAGUCCAAGUCGUCACUCCAGAGGUUGUCGUUGCCUUGGACCGCACAAACGUCAGCGACAGGAAGGCUGCUCACAUCUUCUCAGCCAUGGCAUCCUCGGGCCACCUCUGCGAGAACGUUGGCGAACUCAUCAUCAGCCCUAGUGGAAUCAGACGCGCUCGUAUCAAGUGCAGGGAAGCUCUGGCUACGGAACUUAAAGAUACCUUCAGACCACAAGUGCCCUUGAUCCUUCACUGGGACGGGAAAAUCAUGGAGGACUGCUCUCUUCCUGGCCAAGAGACCGUAGAUCGUCUCCCUGUGUUGGUUUCUGUCCAAGACGUUGUCAAGCUUCUUGCUGUGCCCAAGUUGCACGCUGGUACGGCGGUUGUGAUGGCUACGUCGAUCUUGCAGACCCUGGACGAAUGGGGACUGAAGGAUCGAAUAAGUGGGCUCUGCUUUGACACUACAGUAUCAAAUACCGGUUUGAAAGGCAGAGUUUGUGUCCUUAUCGAGCGGGAACUGGAGCGAGACCUCCUCAACCUCGCCUGUAGGCACCAUGUUGCCGAGAUCGUCCUGGAGAAAGUCUUUGGCCUUCAUGACACGUCCAAGUCUCCGAACAUUGAGCUCUUCCAUCAUUUCAAGGAAUAUUGGCCUCGUGUCGAUCAAACAUCGUUCCGUACUGCCAUGGUCGACGAGGAAAUGAGAUCCCGGGUCGCAGAAUGGAGGGAGGAAGUAAUCAUGUUUGCUACUGACCAACUUCACCAGCAUCAACCAAGAGAUAACUACCGGGAAUUGUUGGAACUCACCAUCAUCUUUCUUGGUGGACAGCCUCCAAAGGGAGUUCGCUUCCGUUACCCUGGCGCUAUCCAUCGUGCACGUUGGAUGAGUCGAGCCAUCUACACCUUGAAGAUGGUCAUCUUUCGAGAGCAGUAUCCGAUGGAUCAACGUCCGGGUCCAUCUCGACGCCAGACACGGAGUGAGACCAGCUGGAAUCAUUCGGAAGAAGUCGCCAUUUUCAUCGUUCAGGUGUACGCGAAGUACUGGUUCCAGGCUCCUUCUUCCGUGUCAGCCCCUAGGAACGACCCCUAUUUGCUCAAAGUGGUGGACGAUUUCCCAAGCAAGGAGAUAUCCAUAGCAGCCACAACCGUCUUCAGUGGGCAUCUGUGGUAUUUGUCGGAGACACUAGUGGGAUUUGCCUUUUUCGAGGAUCAAGUGACACUCGAAGUGAAGAGGAAGAUGGUGAAAAACCUGAAAGACAAGCCGGGAUCCAAGGACGCUCCAAAGCGAAUUCAUUCAGUCAACAGACCUCAGAACAUGGACCUCAGCGACUUAGUGACAACUUUCACGAAGAGGUUUUUCAACAUUCUCCACGUCAACGAAGAUUUUCUUCAGAAGGACCCUCUUGAGUGGGCUGCUGACCAAAAAUAUCAACGCUCUCUCGACCUGGUGAAGUCUGUUAGGGUCGUCAACGAUCUGGCCGAGCGUGGGGUGGCCUUGAUGACGGAGCUCAAUGACUCGCUCACCAAGUCAGAGGAACAAAAGCAAUUCCUCUUCCAAGUGGUCGAAGCUCACCGCAAAAAAUACAGUGCCCCGACCAAAGCAGCAGCCUUGAACACCUGAAGAAUUCUUCCCUCACUACCUACAGUGCUUACACUUAUUUAUUGAACCUCAUUUUGAUGAAUUCAGUUCCUAGAGACUCAAAUAUAUUCAGUUUCUGUAAUUUUGCAAGGAGAGAAGCGGAAAAUUCAAGAGAAUACCGAGCAUUAAAAUUUCAGAUGCAGUGCGCCACCUCUAAAUAUUAAAGUAUUUCAAAAGUAUUUUUCGUGGAAUUAUUUCACACCAAUACGCAACUGAUAAAACCCUGG